AUCGCGAUAUGAAUUCAAACAGGAGGAGCACAGUGUGAAGUAGAAUACAAGUCCAUUGUCACUUCCGCUCAACUAUAUGCACUCCGAGCAUCCACGUCUCCACUUCAUAGGUACCUGCUUGGAACCUGUCGAACCUUGCGAGUGAGGAUGUAUUCUUCUGAUUUCCGCAUACACGGUUGCACGGGCCUUCGAUAGGUGAGUGAACUCAAUGCCUUGCCUCUUAGGAGGUAGGAUGUACCAGAAGGAGCCUGGAAGCGAUGAAUCCACCACGAAGUUUACCGUUCAAGAACCGCUUGCCGCCUUCGGCGUCAAUCACGUCCGUGAGGUAGGAGGUACGAAUAAGGUAUAAAACUUGCCGGUUCACCUUAUAGGCCGAGAGCCGGAACUAUAUAUCCUCUAACGUCUUUGGCGAUGCCGCGUUAUCAUCAUCUUCACUACAUCUGGCUACAGGUGCUUGCCCUCGCAACGGUCAAUGCUUCCGCACGGUCUAAUUACACCACAAGUUCGAGAAAUACCACCACAGGUGUCAUAGCGAAUAUUCCAUCUUCUUGGACCUAUUUACUUCCAGAUGGCUUCUACGGCAAUGUCAAUGGGAGUUUCAUCAAUGAUACCACGACCAGCGACUCCCGUAUAGACUCCACACUCCAUGCUGCCACUCAAGCGCCCUUCAUUGCCUACGAUGAAGAGUUUUACGACAUCUUUGGCAACUCACAAAUUACCCUGAUACAAGAUCGUACGGCUGAGAACGAAAUAUUCCCCUUCGAAGCUGGAGUCUGGGUCCCAGAGAGGGACGAAGUAUGGUUUGCAAGCGAUACGUCCCAAGGGGUCAGAAGGAAUCAAUACAGUUCUGUUGUGGCAGAAGGAUUGGAAGUCUUUGUGCUCAAUCUCAACACAUCAGUAGUCUCCACGUUGAAAACGUCCGGAACGGAGCGACUCCGCUAUAGCAACGGCGGCUACUACUUCCAAGGCAAAGUCUACUUUGCGACAUAUCCGUCAAACACGACCUACCGUGGAGGCAUAUACAGCGUAGACGUCCAGACCCUGCGAGUGGAGCCUGUAGUAAACAGCUAUUUCGGCUUGCCUUUCGUCGGUUGUGACGACGUCGUAUGGGCUACGAAAGGAAACGACACAUACUUGUACUUUACCGAUUUUCCGUACUCGUCAUCUGCAUGGGGAGACACUGCGCCCGUUGCUCAGCUUCCAUCUGGUGUCUGGAGAUGGGACCCACAGAACGAAGUUAUACAGCAGGUCAUACCACGGAACGAUAUUAACCCCAAUGACAUUCGAGUCUCGCCCGAUCAGCGAACACUGUACGUCACUGAUAGCAGUCCGACCUACUACGCCGCAGAACCCAAUGAGAACACCCUUGGUGGAGCUUCGUCCUGGUUGGGACCAUACAUUUAUCAGUACGAUCUUGACGAGGACAUGUACCCCUCCAAGCGCCGUGUUUUUGGGCUGGUCAGGAAGGGCAUCGCUGAUGGCAUUCACGUAGACGAUGCUGGACGUGUGUGGACGGCUGAGGGCGAGGGAAUCGUGAUUAGAAGCCCUAAGAAUGGCAAAGUGCUGGGGUUAGUGAACGGGCAGUAUUUCCUGGCAAAUAAUAGUAUGGCUGCUGCUCCUAUUGCGAAUUUCGCAUUGGCGGGCGAUCAGUUGAUUGUUGCGGCGCAGGCGAGGUUGUAUGCUGUACGAUUGGCGAAGGAGCUUGUCAGUAGGGAUAGUAUUAUUGUGAAUUAGACUCACGGAUGGAGACAUACAUAUGUAGCAUACCGUAUCUAUUGGUGGC